GAAGUGAGGGAGGGGGCGCGAAGCUGCACGCAUGCGCAGAUGCAGAGGGGGAGAAGAAGGGAAGACGUGAGAUCUGCGGCAGGUGGGACGAUCUUGAGUCUCGAUCCGCCAGGCUGGCAGCGAGAUGACCCUCUUCCACUUUGGGAAUUGCUUUGCCCUCGCCUAUUUCCCCUAUUUCAUCACCUACAAGUGCAGCGGCCUGUCAGAGUAUAAUGCCUUCUGGAGGUGUGUCCAAGCCGGAGCUACCUACCUCUUUGUCCAGCUUUGCAAGAUGCUAUUCUUAGCCACCUUCUUCCCGACUUGGGAGGGCGGUGCAGGCGUUUAUGACUUCAUUGGAGAAUUUAUGAAAGCCACCGUAGACUUGGCUGACCUCGUGGGCUUGCACCUGGUCAUGUCGCGGAAUGCAGGGAAAGGGGAGUACAAGAUCAUGGUGGCUGCCAUGGGAUGGGCCACAGCAGAGCUCAUCAUGUCCCGAUGCAUCCCGCUCUGGGUGGGAGCUCGUGGAAUUGAGUUUGACUGGAAAUACAUCCAGAUGAGCAUCGACUCUAACAUCAGUCUGGUCCACUAUAUUGCCACGGCUGCCUUGGUAUGGAUGUUUACACGCUACGAUUUACCCAAACACUACCGACUGCCUCUGACUUUCCUGCUGGGAAUCAGUGUCUACAAGGCUUUCUUCAUGGAGUCUUUUGUCCAUGUUUUUCUCCUGGGCAGCUGGACAGCCCUCCUGGUCAAGGCUGUCAUCACCGGCCUCCUUUCCCUCAGCUCCCUGACUCUCUUUGUCACUCUAGUACACAGCAACUGAGGGUUCAUUCCUUCCCACUUGGGGAAGAGACAUUGCCUUUGCAUCCUGGCGGGAUUGUCCGGCCAAGUCGCUGUCGCCAAGUCGAGACACGGUUUGAUCCUGUCUGCGGUGAGAUCGGCCUCAGCGCGGCCUCUGCUUGCAGGCGAGGGGAAUAAUAAUAAUAAUAAACAGGUUUUGGUAUUUA